AUGUGUUCGUUGCGCAUCCUCUACAGGUUGGGUUUAAGAGCGAGUAGAAGAAAGCAGACCAGGAAAUCGAAGAGACCAAUCAAGGAAAUCUUGCAGAACGUGAUAAGGUGUGCCAAACAAGUCGCGGCGAAUCCAGGCGCGACUGAAUCUCUUCAGGCCACUACACUACUGUUCAGAGAUAAAGCCAGAGAAGUUACGAGCCUAAUAGAUUCGUGGCAGGGUCAUCAGACUGUCGCCCGUCUAGGUGAUUUGGUCAGGGGAAUAAGCCACCUACACCAAGUGAACCAGCUCAGUGACCUGCUUAACGAGAUACCGGCACUUGAGCUACAGGACGAGGCAAAAAAAAGCUUCCGGAACGUCAUCGGAAAAGUCUCCCGGUACGCCGAGGCUCCUAGAAUACUUCGACGGAUAGCAAAAAGGUUCCGUGUAGCUCGAUACAUGAGAGCAAUUCCCGUCAAACUUCCGAAGGACUCAUUUUGUAUCCCACCAAACGGCCCAUACGCUCCUGACAUAGGAUCUUGCGUUGCUCGAAUAGAUCGUCAAUACUCUGACCGGAAGCGGUUGGACCGGGUCUACCAUCUUCUGGGCUAUACCGAGGCGCAAUCUGCAUCCCUGUUCUCAGAACAGGUACACAGGACACUACGAGAAGCUAAAAUCCAUGCGGAGGUUCAGCUACUCAUUUACUGCGAACUACAAAGGCCGGCAUUUUUUCCCCGUGUCGUCUGCUCAAGCAAAGACGCCUGCUUUUUGUGCAGCGCUUUUAUCUGCCUGCAUAAGCGAAUGUAUACGCCGAGAUGCCAUGGGAGAUUGUACCCCGGUUGGCGAUUGCCAUCCUUACCUCAGGUGAAAGAAUCAGAGGAACGCUUUAACAAGGCACUCGAGAAUUCUAUCAAGGAAAGCAUAUCUACGCUCUUCGCCAGACAACGAAAAACAACAUACCCGCCCCCCAACGAAAGCACCCUCCUCACCAUUCCCAUCUCAGAGACAACCAAAUCUGGCUUGACGCAACUCAGUUCAGGGCAGCUGUCGUGUGAAAGGAGCAUUCAGCUUUACUCCCACACGACUCAGAAGCCACAUAAAGAGCCAGAAUCCGGGAACCCAAGCGAUGCAAGUAUUCCUUGUGGCACAGCAUGCGAAGGCAGCACAACAGAUCUGGGUUCCCCGCCUAUAGUCGAAGGGCACGAGCCAGACAGCAAGAUAAUUAGCAAGCGAGAGCUGUCGCAGGGCAUAGUAUUGCAUAACAGUAUCGAACCUGGCGGGAGCUCGACACGUUAUAUCGCUGGCCCGAUAAAACUUACCAUAGAAUACCCGGCGGGACUAGAAUGUAUCAAAUACAGUGUUGAAUGGCUCACUGCGGAAGAGGUGAAAGAUUUGAAGAGUAGAGUUCCUCCACCUUUAUCCGUGGAUGUGGAAUCCCUGGCAAGUGAGAUGUCGAUACGAAAUCACAACAGUGUCUGCAUAUUGGUGAAGGGAACGGCGUUGAGACUUAGUUGGGAGUCAAAAAGACAUGCGCGAAGUACUAAGUGA